CGUGGGGUCUUGGCGCCGCCAUUUUGUGGUGCGGAGCGGGACGGCGAGCGGAUGCCGAGAUGUUGGAGAAGUUUAUCGGACCCAGAUAUGUCCAGUUGGUAAAAAACUGGAUUCCAACAGUGGCAACAUGGGGAGGCGUUGGUUGUGUAGCACUGGUGUACAGUACAGAUUGGAGAGUAAUACUUGACCGUGUUCCAUACAUAAGGGGGAAAUUCAAGGAUGAAUGAAGCAAUCUUUUUUAAUGGAUGUAGAUGAACAAUCGAGACAAGUGACCAAUGGCUUCAGACAUCAGGACAGUCUAAAUUUUUCUGAACUGAACAUUUCUGUUUUUUUUGAACUUUAAAGCAGAAGCAGGAAACAUUAUUAUUUGCAGCUUUUGAAGUUGAUGCGUUAAUGUGAAACAUACACUGCAUCCACUUCAGCACUUUGUCUUCUGAAUCCUAAACUACACCGUGAAUAUUUAAAAUAAAACAAUGAAAAUCUUUACUCUA